AUGUUUAGUUUCAAUAAGGCUUCGUCUGCAGGUGCUGGGACACCCAGUUCCACAGGUUUGUUUGGACAGAAACCGACCAAUACAGGUGGUACUGGAUUCAGUUUUGGUCAAAACACGGGAACGACUAGUACCAAUGCCGGUAGUGGUACUGGAUUCUCGUUUGGAGGAAGUCAAAAUGCGAAUGAGAAUAAGGGCGGAUUGUUUGGUAGUAAACCGGCGGGCACAGACACAGGAACAGGACUUUCGUUUGGCCAACAACAACCGCAACAAACUAGUACAAAUACCGGUCUGUUUGGGAACAGCGGUACUAAUACCAAUACUGGUGGUCUGUUUGGAAGUGGAAACACCGGUACAGGGACAACCGGGGGCGGAUUGUUCGGCUCCAAGCCAUCUGGAAAUACUGCUACUUCUUCUUUAUUUGGUCAAAACAAUACUACAACGAACCAGGGAGGCCUCUUCGGUAAUUCAGGUACCAGCGGAGGGCUUUUUGGCUCUAAACCAGCUGGUAGCUCAUUGUUCGGAAACACCAGUGCCGCGGGGCCAGCUGUGGGAGGUUCGCUGUUUGGGUCCCAGCAACCAGUACAGCAACAGUCCGCAUUGCAGUCUAUUGGGCAGUUAGGUAUAACGCCUAUGACCAAGAUAAUUGAUCUCCCACCUCAGUUACGUCAGGAGAUUGAACAGUUGGAUCAGUACAUACAAAGGCAGGUACAAAUCUCUCAACAUUUAAAAGCUGACACAUCAGAACACAAAGAGCUAAUCGAUUCCAUCCCGCGUGAUAUCGCCUACCUGCUCAAGACCGAAUCUCUGGCAAGCCAGUCACUGACGGAAGACCUCAAGAAGAUUUCCUCCAUAAAAGAGAUCACAGAUCAAAGUAUAGCCGAUACACAAACUUUUUCGAUGAUAUUACAACAAUUACUCACGCCUGGCAGCAAGAUCUCAUCGAUAGAGCUCGACAAGUUCUUCCAUCACAGAAUUCAACUGUAUCAAGAUAAACUAGAUGACUACUUCCGCGUCCUAUCUGAUAUUGAGAGCGCUGUUAAUGGCAUUGACACUGAUGUACUCGGUGCCCAUCCAAACUCUAGUUGGCUCACUAAAGGAGAUGAGUCAUCUGAAUAUCUCGAUAUUUUCGCCAUCAAGACAGGAAUAAAUGCGGUGGUUUCCACCGUGAUCGAAGAAUUCAGCCUCUUCAUGGACACAGCCGAGAGGGUCGCACAGAUACACCAAAGAGUGAAAGAACUCACCGCAGAGAAUUAUAUAAGGAGCUAA